AUGCUGGCUAACGCUCAUCUUUUUGAUACAUUUACAGUCAAAUAUGAUCAGCACCGUGCCGCUUAUCCCACCCAUCAUUCAACAAAUUUGAAUUCGCGAAUUGACUUUAUCUGGUCGUCCGGUGACGUGAUCUCCAACUUUAAUUUUUGCGACACAGAAGAGGUGUUACCCUCCAUAUCGGACUAUUCUUUAGUUAUUCUUAGCGUGGAUAACUUCUUUACUGCUAAACAAAAUAAAAGACGUAUUCCCUCAAAAAUAGUUUUUGAUUACGAUAAAAUGUCAGAUGACAAGUGGACUGAGUUCG